AGGAGGAAGAAGUUUGUUUACAUCACCAAACAUUCGUCACUCAGCACCGCCCAUGUGAGGCGCUACAAUACUGUGCUGUGUAGCGUGGUGUGAGCAGCUGCCUGGAGCAAAAUGACUAUCUUCACACUACUACGGUCGCUGGUGUCCAAGGGCAGGGUAGUGGCCCGCGGGUACGGGCGACGGGAGGCGAGAACACUGGUGACGAACCCCGGCAGGAGCGGCGCGGCGGAAGUGGCUACAAAAGAGGCAGUCCUAGCAGAAUUUCCAGUGGGGAGGGAAGUGUCUGGUUUUGUGGUGAAAGAGGUACAGGAGGUCCCUGAACUUCACCUCACAGCACUCCGCCUCGAGCACCAAGGCACCGGUGCUGACUACCUUCACAUAGCUCGUGCUGAUCCCAACAAUGUGUUUUGUGUGGGUUUCCGCACAACCCCCAUGGAUUCUACAGGCGUGCCCCACAUCCUGGAGCACACAGUUCUCUGUGGCAGUGAGAAGUUUCCAUGCAGAGAUCCCUUCUUCAAGAUGCUGAACCGUUCCCUGUCCACUUUUAUGAAUGCUAUGACAGGUAGUGAUUUUACCAUCUACCCUUUCUCCACACAGCAUCCAGUGGACUUCAGGAAUCUCAUGUCUGUGUACAUGGAUGCUGUGUUCAAACCCAAUCUUUCUGAGAUGGACUUCCUGCAGGAGGGGUGGAGGCUGGAGCACCAGGAUAUCAAAGAUCAGUCCUCCCCCAUUGUGUUCAAGGGUGUGGUGUUCAAUGAGAUGAAGGGAGUGUUUGCCGACUCCCAGCGGCUGUUCAUGCAGAAGCUUCAAAAUGGUGUUCUUCCAUCACACACUUAUGGAGUAGUGUCAGGUGGGGACCCUCUUGCUAUUCCUCAAUUAACGUGGGAGCAGCUCAAGCAGUUUCAUGCAUACCACUAUCAUCCCAGCAAUGCACACUUCUUCACCUAUGGAGACCAGCCUCUUGUCAACCAUCUCCAAUUCAUACAUGAUAAUUAUCUGAGUCAUUACAACAAAAUUAAUCCCAAAACAGAAGUGCCAGAAGAACCCAGCUGGAAGGAACCUCGAUCUGCUCAUGUGGCUUGUGGCUUUGAUCAUCUGGCUAGUGUAGAUGCACAGAAUAGUAUUGCAGUGUCUUAUAAGUUAGUUGACAUCACUGAUACCUUUGAAACAUUGGUAUUAGCUAUUCUAGGAGACCUCUUAACCAGUGGUCCUAAUGCUCUUUAUAAGGCUUUAUUGGAGCCUGGGCUUGGCUCGAGUUUUUCUCCUUCAUCAGGCUAUGAGGGUCACACAAGAAGCACUGUCUUCACUGUGGGGCUGCAGGGAGUCAAGGACCAGGAUGUAGAGAAGAUCAAAACUAUCAUCGAGGAGACCUUGGAUAAAGUCAUAGAGGAAGGGUUUCCUGCUGAGCGUGUGGAGUCUGUGCUGCACAAUAUUGAACUUAGCCUCAAGCACCAAGCCUCCAACUUUGGCCUUACACUUGCUAUGAAUCUUACCCCACUCUGGAACCUGGAUGGUGACCCCAUUGAUGGUCUGCUCAUCAACAGUAAGAUAGACAAGUUCAGGAAAUGCUUAGCAGAAAAUCCUAAGUUCCUUCAAGAGAAGGUGAGGGAACACUUAAAAGAAAAUCCCCACAAGUACACAUUGACUAUGGCACCACAGGAGGGAUAUGAUGAUAACCUACAGAGUCUUGAAGAAGCUCAACUCAAGGAGAAGGUUGCUGUUCUGUCUCCAGAAGAGCGUGCAAGAAUCUGGGAGCUUGGACACACACUGGCUAAGAAGCAGGAGGAGGAAGAGGACUUGUCAGUUCUUCCAACUCUGCAGGUGUCUGACAUCCCUCGUAGUGUGGUGGCAGUUCCUGUCACUGUGCAGACUCUUGGUGGUGGGGUGCAGGUGCAGGCCUGUGAUUGUCCCACCAAUGAUCUCACUUACUUCUCAGCUGUCCUCAGCACCAGGGAUGUGAGCGAAGAAUUGCGACCCCUAGUGCCUCUCCUGUGUGGUGUGCUGACACGCAUGGGGGCAGGGGACAUGGAUUUCAGGCAGCUAGAUCAAGCAGCAGAGUUGGUGUCUGGAGGCUUGGGAGUCUCCCCUCACACUUGCUUCCAUCCUGUCAAUGCCAUGCAGUAUGAGGAAGGCAUUGUACUCUCCUCACACUGCCUCAACACAAAUCUGCAGAAAAUGAUGGACCUUUGGGAACGCAUCUUCAAUGAAACAAGAUUUGAUGACUUACAGCGGUUUAACACUUUGGUCAGCAUGAUAGCCACUGAACAGGCCAACAGUUUGGUCUACUCUGGUCACCAGUAUGCCAUGACUGCUGCUGCUGCUUCCACCAGCUAUCUGUCAUCUCUGGCAGAAAGUUGGAGUGGGUUGUCCCAGCUGCGUCGCAUGAAGGCUCUCAGUGAAACGCAGGACUUGACACCCACACUGGAGAGCCUCAGAGAACUGGCUGGGCAGCUAUUGAGCCGGCAGGGCAUGAGAGUGGCCAUUAACACCACACCAAACCAUCAUGCCACUGCUCUGAGCACCAUAGAGGGAUUCUUGAAGGGCCUGGAUGGCACUCCUGUCAUCUCAACCCUGUGCACCAUUCCCCAAACCUUUAGUCCUCACACUUGCAAGACUCACUGUGUCUUCCCAUUCCCCAUUAACUUUGCUUCCAAAGCUUAUCCUGGUGUGCCCUACGCCCACCCAGACGCUGGAGCUCUGAGGGUCCUAGCGCGGGUCAUGUUCCGCUUCCUCCAUAGAGAAAUUCGAGAAAAGGGAGGAGCAUACGGUGGAGGAGCAAAGGCUGACCCUGGUGGAGCAUUCGGCUUUUACAGUUAUCGUGACCCUCAUUCCACCCAGACACUAGCAGCCUUUGAUGCGGCUGUGGAAUGGGUGCUGUCUGGAGGCUUCAGUGAGCGGGACGUGGCUGAAGCCAAGCUUGGGGUGUUCCAGGCGGUGGAUGCACCCAUCUCACCAGGCUCCCUGGGCAGGCGCCGCUUCCUGGCACAUAUCACUGAUGAGCUGUUUGCUGACCACCGGCGGCUGGUGCUGGAUGUGGCGCCCCAGGACCUGGUUAGGGUGGCCCGUAUGUAUCUCAAGGACGGUCCUGUGGAGGGUGCCUAUCUCAUUGGUCCCCAGAAUGUUGAUCUGGAAAAUGAUCCAUUCUGGAACACAAUCCAGGGAUGAAACUAUCUAUGUUGAGGUAGUGUAGAUAGUCUUGUAUUUGUUUGUUUGUUGGUUGUUUUUUAUCACAUGUGAUAAGGGAAGUUGUGAGAGUGAAAAUAUAAUGUCAGUAAUUCAAGCUGUAAAUAUGUAUAUAAUUGAAUUAUUUGUCCAGUCAUAACAAUUGUUGAUAUUAAAGGUUAAGGAUUUGUCAAUAAACUGUUGUUGGAA